UUUGUGUGAUUUGGAUAUGUUGAGGUUAUGUUGUAAAAGUUGUAAAUAAACUUUAGGAAAAUCUAUUUAUUGUUUUAUAAUGAUAACAAAUACACACUAAACAAAAAUGAGUGAACCGACAGAUAUAUUACAAGCCAUUGAAACAUAUAAAACACAGUUGGCAGAAGUUGAGCAGGCCUUAACAUCAACAGAUGAAACGUCACAAAGAGUAGAGUUGCAAAGCUUACGAGACAAUAUUAUACAAUUAAUUGAAUUAACCGAAGAGACCCUGCAGAGAAGUACGAUACCACAGAGCAAUAGUAAAAAGAAUGACUCUUUGGAAAAUGAAUUUGCUUUAUUCAUGGCAGAAAUGGAAAAAGAAGGUGCCACAAAUACAUCAUCGAAUAAUAAAGAAGAUAUUGAAAGUGAAUUAAAACAUUUGGAGGGCAUGAAGUGUAAAGCACCACAUAAACACAAUUGGGGAGAUGUUAUGUAUCACAAUGCUAUAGUGUGUUCUGUGGUUCUGGAUGAGAGAGAGCAUUAUUCGUUUGAUGAAAUAAAGUUUUUUAAGGUGAAAAUUAUGUUUAUAAAUCCAACACAUCAGGAAAUGCUCCCAUGCCCUUACAUGAUGGAAGGGAAUUGCAAAUUUGACGAUGAACAAUGUAAAUACUCGCAUGGUGAAAUUGUGUUAUUUUCAACACUGAAAGAAUACAGUGAACCAAAUUUUGAAGUAUUAUCAGUCGGUCGUAUAGUUCUAGCCAAACAAAUGGAUAAAUUGUGGGGUAGAGCAAAAAUUUCUAAAAUUAGUGAAGAAACUUGUGUAGUUCAAUUCGAAUCUAGUAAAAAGGAAUUAAAGCUUCAACUGCAUGACGUGCUGCCAUUGGAUAGUGAAAGUGAAGAGGACAUUUCAGAUGAUGAUGACGACUAUGGUGAAAGGGACGACAUUAUUAACAUGAGUUUAUUAAAUACACCUACUUCUCAGGCAUUGGGAGAUUGGGAAAAAUAUACCAAGGGUAUUGGGUCAAAACUAAUGCAAAAAAUGGGUUAUGUAAUUGGAAUGGGAAUUGGCCGUUAUAGUGAUGGAAGAGUAGAACCAGUUUCAGCUGUGGUUCUUCCUCCGGGAAAAUCUUUAGAUCACUGCAUGAACCUUAGAGAAAAAGCAGGAGGAGACAAAGAUUUGUUCAGUGUGGAGAAAAAGUUAAAAAGGUUGGCGAAAAAACAAGAGAAGAAGAAUAUUAAGGCAUAUGAAAGAGAGAAGAAUCAAGUGAACGUAUUCAACUUUUUAAAUGAGACGUUGGCAAGUAAGAGCAGUGCUCCUACACCAAGUGUGUCAAAAAGUAAACACAGAAAAGAAAUAAAGUUGGAAACUUGUCGAAGUUUAAAUGUGGCAAGCUUAAAGAUUGACGAAGACAUAAAACGAACGGAAAGAGAUUUAUGUCAAAUAAAGGAAUCUCUCGGCCGAAAUUUAGAUUCUAAUUCUCAAAUGCAUAAACAUUUGAAAUUAAAAUUAAAUGCAAAGCAAAGAGAUCUACAGACACUUAAAAUGAAAGCAGUGAAUAUUGCAUCGGAACAAAGUUUGCGAAGUGAUAAGAAAAAAAUGACAGUAUUUUAAAUUUAAAUAAAUUAUAUAUUUUUUGUUGGUAAUUUUUAUUUGUUUAAUUGCACUAUGCCAUCCCACUGAUGAUAAGUUAAUACAUUUUGCCAAGUGCAUCAAAAUA